GUAGUUGAUUUCGUAACGAAAACAAGAAUGCAUGCGAUUCUACGAACAUUUUAUAAAAUCAAACAUUCAUGUUUUCAAUGGGUAAAUAAUUAUCUAGUUAUAAAAUGCAUAAAUUCUCGAUUAAAUAUCUCAACGCGAUUGUAUCAUAGUGAAAAUGGUGUCUAUGGAUACAGAUCGAGUCCACAGAAAUAUUUUGAAGUUUCAAAAGAAUAUCUGGAUAUACGAUCAAAGAAUAGCAAUUUCUACAGACUGGUCAUUGCCUAUAGAGAAUUCGGUCAUAAACAAGCCGAUAUAAAUCCUAUCUCGCCAAAAAAACCAAUAUCAUUAGUAGAAUUAAAACCAGAAAGAUUUGGCUUGAAUUUGCGAGAUAAAGUUUCCUUUAAAGGUAUUUUAACAAUGGGAAAAGAGGAAGGUACCAUAGAAGAGGCUUUACAAUUUUUAAACAAAACAUACUGUGGCUCGGUAGGAGUAGAAUUUAGUUACUUGGAGACCGAGGAAGAGAGAGAAUGGUUUGCGGAAACUGUAGAAAAAUGUUUAAAAGAUCCUCUAACGGAUGAAACGCGAGUGGCCAUUGCGAUAGAAAUGUUGAAGAGUCAAACUUUCGAUCAAUUUUUGGCUAUCAAAUUCGCAAGCUUUAAAAGAUAUAGUGGCGAAGGUGCUGAAAGCAUGAUGGCCUUCUAUCAUGAAUUUUUUAAACUCUGUGCUAAUGAUGAUUUGGAAUACAUCGUGCUUUGUAUGCCCCAUCGAGGUCGAUUAAAUUUUCUUACGGGGAUGUUGAAUUUUCCACUGGAAAAAUUAUUUCGAAAAUUACAAGGAUACUCUGAAUUUCCGGAUGAUGUAGUUACAACUGGAGAUGUGAUCAGCCAUUUUGUAUCUUCCACAAAUCUUAAUUUUGGUCAAAAAAAGCUUCACGUAACAAUGUUGCGAAAUCCUUCACAUUUAGAGGCUGUGAAUCCUGUUUCCAUGGGAAAAACUCGAGGAAUGAUGCAAGCUGUCAAAGAUGGAGCAUAUAACGAGGAUAUAAAUACUCAAUGGAGCGAUAAAGUGUUAAAUAUUCAAAUUCAUGGAGACGCAGCUUACGCUGCUCAAGGUGUUGAUCAAGAAUGUUUAGCGUUAUCCGCAACUCCUCAUUUUGAAAUAGGUGGAACAGUUCACUUGAUAAUCAAUAAUCAAUUAGGUUUUACAACUCCAACUUCUAGGGGUAGAUCGUCAAGAUAUUGCACGGAUCUAGCCAAGAUGAUUUCAGCUCCCGUGAUUCACGUAAAUGGAGAUGAUCCAGAGAUGGUUGUCCGAGCUGCUAAAAUAGCUUUCAAAUACCAACGAAAAUUUAGAAAAGAUGUUUUCGUGGAUCUAAAUUGCUUUAGAAGAUGGGGCCACAAUGAACUAGAUGAUCCUGUUUUUACGAAUCCUGUUAUUUAUAAAAUUAUACAUAAUCGUCCAUCGGUACCAGAUAAAUAUGUGAAUAAGCUGAUAGAAAACAAUAUUCUUUCGACGAAUAAAGUUAAAAAUAUUAUUGAUAAUUAUAAUUCUCAACUAAAUCAAAGUUUAAAUGAAAUGGAUAACUUUAUUCCACAGCCUACAUAUUUUGAGGGCUUGUGGACUGGAAUAAAACAAGCUGAGGCAAGUGUGACAGAAUGGAACACAGGAGUUGAUUUAAACUUAUUGAAAUUUAUUGCCGAAAAGAGUGUUCAUAUUAAGGAUGAUGUGAUAAUUCAUCCAAAAUUAUUAAAAAAUCAUAUAAAAACUCGAUUAAACAAAAUAACAAAAAAUAAACACUUGGACUGGGCAACAGCUGAAGCUUUGGCAAUUGGAACUUUAUUGUAUCAAGGAUAUAAUGUCAGAAUAAGUGGACAAGACAUAGGUCGUGGAACGUUUUCUCAUAGACAUGCAAUGCUAGUUGAUCAAUCUACUGGAGAAAUACAUAUUCCAUUGAAUUCCAUGGUUGAUGGACAAACAGGAAAAUUAGAAUUAGCAAAUAGUAUAUUAUCCGAAGAAGCAGUUCUAGGCUAUGAAUAUGGUAUAAGUAUAGCUCUGCCAACUACUUUGACGAUAUGGGAAGCACAAUUUGGAGAUUUUUUUAAUGGAGCUCAGAUAAUGAUCGAUACCUUUGUAACCAGUGGUGAGGCAAAAUGGAUGCUAAAUAGCGGACUAACGAUAUUACUACCACAUGGUUACGAUGGUGCUGGUCCUGAACAUAGUUCCUGUAGACUUGAAAGAUUUCUACAACUUACAGAUAGUAAUGAAGAUAAACCUGAUGGUGAUAAUGUUAACAUGCACGUGACAAAUCCAACAACACCUGCUCAAUAUUUUCAUCUACUAAGAAGACAAAUGCUGAGAAAUUUUCGAAAACCUUUAAUAAUAGUAGCUCCAAAAAUAUUGUUGCGUCAUACUGCAGCCACCUCGCCAAUAACAGAUAUGGAACCUCAGACUAAAUUUCAAACCGUUAUAGGAGAUGAAAAGAUAAAAAAAUCAAAAGUGGAUAAAGUGAUUUUCGUCAGCGGAAAACAUUAUUAUGCUCUUAAUCACUUCAGAGAAAGUACAGAACAGAAAAACGUAGCAAUUAUUAGGAUUGAAAGUUUAUGCCCUUUUCCAAUUCAAGAACUGUUGCGAGAGAUUAAUAAAUUUAAAUAUGUAGAAACUUUUAUAUGGAGUCAAGAAGAGCCACAAAAUAUGGGAGCAUGGAAUUUUAUCAAGCCUCGUUUUGAAAAUUUAUGUGGUAAACCAAUAAAAUAUAGCGGUCGUAAACCUAUGGCUGCGCCAGCUGUAGGUGAAGGUAAGUUACAUCAACAGGAAGCUCAGGAAGUUAUAAUAAAACCUUUUAAUAUAAAAUAAUUUUCAUAUUAUAUUAUAUAUUUUAUUAUAUUAUUUUAUUCAUACACAUAAUUCAACUGCCAAAAAUCAUAUUUAUUUGCAUAAUAUUAUU